AUGUUUCUGGUAAAGUGGAUCGCCAUUGGCGGAGUACGCCCACAAAAUCUCUUGUUCGUACCUCAAAAGGCAUACUUCCCGUCCGGAGGCAUCACUCUGCGACAGCAACUUGUCUAUCCUCUCAAAGCUCUUCCUGUAGAAAAAGGUAAGGCCGCCAUCUAUAUAUUGGUGGAAGUGAAUGAUAUUAGAGCACGAGGAAGCCUAGCUUGUUGGAGAGCAUGUGGCUUCUCUAUUCAGUUUCCCCCGAAUGUGAGAAGCUCUCUCGCCGGCGAAUUGCAGCGGUUGUCACUUGCACGAGUGUUCUACACUAAGCCACGAAUUGCUUUUCUUGAUGAAGCAACGAGUGCGAUCGGAUUUGAGCUGGAAAUGCAGCUUUACAGGAAGCUGCAAGAGGUAGGAAUUUCUGUGCUGUUGUCUGGACAGUAA